AUGGAGACGGAAUCGACGAAGACUCUCACUUUCAAGUGGGAGAUAGACAACUUUUCCAACAGGAACGGUUUGAUUGAGUCUGAUAUUUUCUCAAGCGGCGGCUGCGAAUGGUGCCUUGAAGUGUAUCCCAAGGGAAAUUAUGUGGAUGAUCACUUGGCUCUGUUCCUGUCCGUUGCGAAACCUGGAUCAUUGCUACCUGGAUGGAGAAGACGAGCUACUUAUCACUUCGUUUUGUUGAAUCAAUCUGGCAAAGUUCUCGCCAGAACAGCUGAAGAACGUAGAUCGUUCAGCGCUGAGGUCUCAUGCUGGGGUUAUCAAAGAAUGUUGCCUCUUAGCAAGCUUCAAGAAGAAGGGUCUCUUAAGAACAAUAAACUAACCAUUCAAGUCUACAUUAACCUAGUUGAAGUUAUUCAUGAAGGGAAAUCAACUGAGAAUGAAAUGGUAGCUGUCAGUGGUUUCCAUGUUCUUAAUACUCAGGUUAUUUCAGUGAGCAAGAUUUUCGCACAGCACCCAGACGUUGCAGUGGGUAUCAGAUCAGAUAUCAAGGAGGUGAAGACAGCUUACAUGAAUAUUCUCCUCGGCCUCAUCGAGACACUAGGAAAGCCUCCUCAGAGCUUGUCGGAGACUGAGAUUAACAACGCCGACAGCGACUUGAGAGAGCUAACAGAAGCGGGCUUUAAGCUGGAUUGGUUGAAGUCAAAGCUUGAGGAGGUUUCCUUGGAGAGGAAGAAAGCAGUUUCAUUUUACUCGUGUAGGUUCAUAGAUUUUUUGAUAAGGAGAUUCUUUCUGUCUUGCUUCUUAAUCUCAAAACACUAA